AUGUCAGAACAAAGCGAGCAGCCGAAGCUAGUCGAGCAAAACGAGACAACAACGUCAAAACAACAUCGUUCUUCGCAUCCUUUACUUUCAAAAGGUCAUGAAGAAGAAAACGAGAUUAAAACUUUAGAGGAUGCAUCAAUAGAUUUUAUUAACCAAUUAGCAAUAGACGAAAAACGAGAAUUAAAUACCAAAACAUGCUCAUCAGUGCCAUUAGAAAAACAAUCUAAUAAGAAACAACUUUUAUAUAUGGAUGUUCAAUAUAAUUUAGCAUAUGUAUGGAUACGACUAUUUCUAAUGCGUGGUGUGGAUCCUUGUGUACAAGACACAUCGGGAUUAACAGCAGCACAUUAUGCAUGCGAACGAGAUGAUGUAGAAAUGCUGAAAGCCUUAACACUACCCUUCCAUGCUAACGUAAAAGCUUUACCAGAUAAUAUGGACAAUGAUGGUGACACAUGUUUACACUAUACUGUAGUUAACAAUGAUCUAGAGCUCUCAAAGUAUUUAAUUCAAGUUUGUGGUGCAAAUGUAAAUGGUGGUAAUGAACAAUGUCCUUCACCAUUGGAUAUUCAACGAUAA